UUUUUUUGUUGUCAGAACUCCAAAUAUCCAAAAAAGAUGGAAGAAGAUAUUCCCCUCCAACCGCCAAAAAAGUUCAUCGAAAUGGCACUUUUGGAGCUGAAAACGCAGCAAGUGAUUGCAUUUCCAUUGGUGUUGAUGAACUUGACAUGGUUCGCUAAGAUAGCCAUCACAACAGCGUUUCUUGGCCGUCUUGGCGAGCUUGAGCUAGCUGGUGGGAGUCUCGGGUUCAUGUUUGCAAACGUGACCGGUUUCUCGGUCUUGAAUGGUCUAUGUGGUGCCAUGGAGCCCAUUUGUGGUCAAGCUUAUGGAGCCAAGAAUUUCAAGCUCCUUCACAAGACUCUUGUCAUGAUGGUUUCUUUGCUCCUAGUAGCAUCACUCAUUUCUUGUUUCUUGUGGCUAAAUGUUGAUAAAAUCUUGAUUCAUUUCGGCCAACAAGAAGAUAUAUCUAAUGAAGCAAAGAGGUACUUGUUUUUUCUCCUCCCUGAUUUGAUCAUCACCUCAUUCUUGUGUCCUCUUAAAUCCUAUCUAAGUUCACAAAGUAUAACGGUUCCAAUUAUGUUCACUUCCGCUCUCGCGGUGGUUCUUCAUGUGCCUGUCAACAUAUUUCUUACAAAAACUAGAGGUUUCGAGGGUGUGUCAAUGGCCAUUUGGAUCACCGAUCUUAUAGUGGUCAUUCUGCUAGCAGUCUAUGUGGUGGUCGUAGAGUUGAGAAAGGAUGGCACAUGGAAAGAAGGCGGGUGGAGUCAUCACGGGCUUAAGGACUGGAAUCGGUUACUGAGACUUUGUGGCCCGUGUUGCCUUACUACAUGCCUUGAAUGGUGGUGCUAUGAAAUUUUGGUCUUGCUAACUGGGAAGCUCCCAAAUGCCAAACAAGCACUUAGCAUCAUCGCAAUUGUGCUCAACUUUGACUAUUUGCUUUUCGCGGUGAUGCUUUCAUUAGCCACUUGCGCAUCUAUCCGUGUUUCAAAUGAGCUUGGUGCAAACCAGGCGGGUCCUGCUUACAGGUCGGCAUAUAUUUCAUUAGCAUUGGGCUCGGUUGCAGGUUUAGUUGGAGGUGCAGUCAUGGUGUUGGCUAGAGGCAAAUGGGGUGGCCUGUUUACCCAUGAUAAAGGCAUUUUGAGAGGUGCAAGUAAUGCAAUGUUGUGGAUGAGUCUGUUGGAGGUGGUGAAUUUCCCACUGGCGGUUUGUGGUGGCAUAGUGAGGGGAACUGCCAGGCCAUGGUUAGGGACUUAUGCAAAUGUGGCAGGCUUCUACUUAUUAGCAUUGCCUAUAGGGGUGGUUCUAGCUUUUAAGGUGCAUAUGGGACUCCACGGACUGUUAAUAGGUUUCAUAGUUGGAGUCGUUGGUUGUUUAAGUUUGUUGUUAGUGUUUAUUUCUAGGAUUAAUUGGACCGACGAAGCAGGCAAGGCACAAAGAUUUGCCGCUGAGUCGGUUAAAGAUAAAAGCAUUGUCAAAACAUGUGAGACAUCUCACCAAGAUUGUACAUCAAGUUUGUAGUAAUAAUUUUCUUGCAUUUUAGCAGUUUCAA